GGGAAAGCGGGAAGCGUGUGGCGUAGAGGGAGGCGUCGUGGGUUGGUUUGUGUGUGAAUUGCCGUUGUACCAAGUUUCAAGUUCCCGCCAUUGCAUCGAGACAAGGGUGUAGACUCGGGGUGCGAUGGCGUCUGAGGAAGCUCCCGUGGAGGGGUUGCAGCCCACCGAGGGCGAAGCGACCGGUGACCAGCAACAGAACGGACAGGAUGCCGGCGGCGUCGCCGUCGGCAGACCCCUAGGACAGCAGGUCAGACCACACACAGAUGCACCACUGUGGCCGAAUGCAUGCACCUCUGGCCUCGCUGUCGGUUGGGAUGUGUGCAGGAGGAGGCUCCCAAGGGUAAACGGAACCAACAUCGCGCUGGCGUGGUUGGCAAAGCUGUGAGACAUUUGUUUCUGUGUGUGGCGGUUCAGAGGGUGUGGAGGUUGCCCAGUGGACCGACGAGGAGGAUCUGCGUUUGGCUCAGCUGUGUCAGGAGAAAGGGGAGGAGAUAAACUGGGAGGAAGUGGCCAAGUCGUUCCCGAAGAGGUGUGUGGAGGGUGGGGUGGAUCUCACACUCACACACACAAAGCCUGAGACGGACUGAAUGCUGGCGUACGGAAUGGUGGCUGUGUGUUGGUGUCUGGAUGGAUGGAUGGAUGUGUGUGUGCAGUUCACCUGAAGAAGUCAAGACCCGAUACUACAGCGUUGUUCAGUAGGCUUGCCUGCCUGCCACACACGACACACAGCACGUCCCUCCUCGGCCACAGCAACGCACAGACAGGCGUCCAUCUCUCUUGUGUGUGUAUGUGUGUGCCACUCACCUGCAGGGAGCGGCUGCAGAUGAAGCACCCCGGCGACCCGCUGACCCAGGGCAUGAUGGCCGGCCAGGCGGCGCCCGCUGCUGCCGCACCAUAUGGCGUUCAGGCACCGUACGUUCAGCCACCAGCCCAAUACCAAUUCGCACAACCUAAAGCAGCCGCUCCUGGUACCGUACCGCACACACAUUGUGACACGGAGGGGUAAAUGGCUGGGUGCAAGGAUGGGUCAUGGAUGCGCUGUUUUGUCGCUGGUGUCGGUCGGUCGUAUGUGUGUGCAGCAACUGCAUCAUCGCCUACGUUGCAAGCCGGCCAGGCCGGGUCACAGCCCGCCAGGUUCGGUGCGGCAACCACUGAUACAGACAGCUCGAUGCAUCCCUUCCUUUGUGUGGUCACUGCACUCCUUUGCCUGUCUGUCUGUCUGUCAGUGGCGAGACUGCGUCGGUGCCGAUGGCUCACGCCAUUCCAUCGUACCCGCCGCCCCAGGGCGGCUACCCCUGGCCCAUGGCAUCGCCAUACGGCAUGCCGCCUCAGGGGUAUGCGGCAGCACGGCCCGGGCAGGCGCCCCCGCACGCGUGGUACUACCCUCAGCAGAUGGCAGCACACAUGCCGUACGCCAUGCCAUACGGGGCCAUGCCACCUGGUUAUGGGCGGCCGGCGAUGGUUCAGCAGCCGGUGAGGGCCCCGGCGGGUCCGCGCGGGCCGCGGAUGGUGCAGAUAGCGGCUGUGGCGGGGCAGGAGCAGGUCAACGGGGAGGGCAAGGAGGGGCAGUCGAAACUCAUGGAGGAAAUGCGAAGGUAGGUACUCACACACGCGCACAGGGAGGGGCCGUGUGGACACCGACUCAAUGCUCUCUGUGUGUGUGUAUGUGAUAUCAUCAGAGUUGGUCGUUCUGAGGAGGAGCAGGUCAAGGCCGAGCUCGCCGUGGCCGGCAAACAAGGCGGAGGACGGUCAGCCAACGCACCAACCCAUCACAUAUAUGACAUCUUCCUCUGCUCUGGUCUCGUUUGUGCCCACAGGGGCGUGUCGGCUUCGCUGGCGGCCGCGGCCUCCAUCUUCGAAACUGGCACCGUUCCCGCACGGUAAGUAACCAACACCCACCCACACUCGCAUCAUCUGUGUGGGAAUGCUGGUUGGUUGGUUGAUGCGAUGCAGUGGCCGGGGGCGUGGUGGCGGGUCUCGCGGCCGUGGGCGUGCUGCGGCUGCUGCCAGGGCUGCUGCCCGUGGUGAGGAUGACGAGGAGGGCGAUGAGGGCGAUGAGGGCGAUGAGGCGUACGAGGAGGGCUUAGAUGAAGACUGGGAGGAGGAUGACGAGGACUUCCGCGUCAGUGCCGCCGUGGCCCGCAAGCGUGCCCGCCGCGAGCGGGGCGGCGAUGACGACGACGACGAGCAUGAGGAGGGCGACGACGAGGCCAGGCGACCCCGCCGAUCCCGACGCACCAAGAGCACACUCAAGCGAUUCGAGGACUACGACGUCGGGGACGAGUUCUUCCUCUGCCAGGAGUGAAGGACAGACUCACAUCGACACACACACACAUACCACACACCACACACGCCAUAGCAGCUAGCGUAACCUACAU